CAUCAAAACAAUGCUCCUCCAUGAUGCCGUUUACAGUCAAUCUUAGGAGCGAUGGGCUAAGGAGUAGUUUGUAUGAUAAUCUCAGCAGAUGCAGAGCUCCACCAGGUGUUUGACAACUGUUGCUGUCCCUAGUUUGGAGGAGCUGUUCGGACGAGGUGUGCUCUGUGGACAGAAAGCGCGACAGCAAACUGCAGCACCAAGAGUGGAGAUUUGGUGAAAGAGCAGAUUGUCUCUGCAGCUGGAGUUUGAACUCAAAUACCUACUGGUUUAUCUUGAACAAGCUGUCAGUGUGGGUACUCAGGACGGUCAUAGUCUUUACCAACAUUAGAAUCCAUGGCUCUGACUCGUUUCUCCGGUAUAGUCAUAAUGUCCUUACACCUAAUCCUGUUGACAUCACACUGCGAUGGGGAAAACAUAUUGGUGUUCCCUGUGGAUGGCAGCCACUGGAUUAAUAUGAAAAUACUACUGGAAGAACUUCAUACCAGAGGACACAACAUCAGUGUGAUCAGGUCUUCUACCAGCUGGUACAUUCCAGAAAAAUCCCCCCUCUACACAUCCAUCACCAUUGAAAUGGAUGAAGGUUUAGAGAACUUUUUUGACAUAUAUCUACAGGAGCAUAUGAGGGCACAGCGAGAAGGGGCUUCACUUUUGACUUUCUUGAAGCUUACCAAGGAUUUCCUUUCUAUGAUUACUCAAGCCCAUUUGGUGUGGUGUAAUGCUACAAUUCAGAUUUUUCAGAAUCCGAUUUUGGUCAAAAACCUAAAAGAGUCCCAAUAUGAUUUGGUUCUUGCUGAUCCAGCCAUGGGUCCAGGGCUCGUGUUAGCUAAAUAUCUUGAACUGCCUUUAGUCCUUAAUGUUCGCUGGAUUACAAGUGGAGAAGGUCACUUUAUUUUGGCACCUUCACCCCUCUCAUACAUCCCAGUGCCUGGAUCUGGCUUAACCGACAAAAUGGAUUUUAUCCAGAGGGUGAAAAACUUUUUUUUCUACAGUAUCAUAAAAUUCCAGGAAAAGUUUCUUGUGGGACCUAUCUAUGAUAAUUUGUGCAAUAAAUACAUCGAGGGUGGGUGUGACAUUGUCUCACUGCUUCAAGGUGCUGACAUUUGGCUGUUCAGGUCAGAUUUCGUUUUUGAGUUUCCUCGGCCAACAAUGCCAAAUGUUGUCUACAUUGGAGGGUUCCAGUGUAAACCUGCACAGCCUCUACCAGCGGACCUGGAGGAGUUUGUUCAGAGUGCUGGGGAGCAUGGAGUCAUCAUCAUGACUCUGGGAACUUUUGUUAACGCCUUACCCAAAGAGGUUGCGGAUGAAAUUGCCAGUGUUUUUGCCAAGAUGCCCCAAAAGGUGAUUUGGAGGCACAAAGGUGAUCAUCCCUCUACUUUGGGCAACAACACUCUAAUAGUGGACUGGAUGCCACAAAAGGACCUCCUUGGCCACCCGCAGAUCAAAGUCUUCGUAGCUCAUGGGGGAACAAAUGGAGUCCAGGAAGCCAUUUACUAUGGAGUCCCUGUGCUUGGCAUACCCUUGUUCUUUGACCAGUAUGACAAUCUCCUGCGUUUGCAGGAAAGAGGAGCAGCAAAGAUUAUUCAACUAGCUGAUGUAAAUGGUCACACGUUUGAGAAGACUAUUAAGGAACUGCUCCACAAAGUCAGCUACCGGGAAAACAUGCAAAGACUUUCAAGCUUGCACAGAGAUCAGCCAACGCCACCCAUGGAUCAGGCUACUUUCUGGGUGGAGUAUGUGAUGCGCCACAAAGGAGCCCCUCACUUGCGCACAGAGGCUUAUGGGAUGCCUUGGUACUCAUACUAUUGUUUUGAUGUUCUAAUUUUCUUGGUGACAGCAGUGACUUUGCCCCUCUUUUCUAUUUUUGCCAUCGCAAAAUUUCUUUGCUGUAGAAGAAAGAAGAGGACAAAAACCAAACAGAGUUAACUUCAGUCAACCUUGCUCAGAAAAAUAAGAAUUGUCCAAAAUUGCUUUAUUUGGACAAAUGCAUUAUCUCUUUUCCAAUGCCCCACAGUGCCAACAUAAAGAGCAUUUUCUAAAUAAAACUACAUCUGUCAAGGAAUUAUGAUCUCACUGGUUUAGUAGGAAUAAACUAGUGAUAAUAUUCUGCGUGUCACUGAUCCUCAUGACUUGUAAAAGUUGGAUGUUUGAUUCCAGCUAUGAUACACAGAUGGCAGGAAACCUGACAGCGAGUUCUUACUUUGCUGUCUGGAGUACCUAUAGUACCUGAUAGAAAGUCUUGACCUAAUUUUUGCACAUGUAAGAAAUUAUUUUAAAUGGGUUUGCCAUGUUGUACUUUCAUGAUUUGUUUGAAAAUUCGACUGAUGUGAAAAUGCCACUAGACAAUUCAGGGGAAUUAAAGUUUCUCAACUAGUCAACAAUACUUUUAACACAAAGUGGUUUGAAUUUCUUGGCUAAAAGCUGUCUCUCAAUCUUCUUUCUUCAUUCUUCUAAUAUAACAUUAUGUAUUGUAGUUUGAAGAAAAGUUCUCUAUAUAACCAAAAGACUUUAACAUCUGCAGCAGGAUUAGCCUAAGUUUACACAGAACAAAUCAGAGUAAGAGUAAGAGGAAGCACACAGUCCUUAUCUGGUUCGUCCUAAUCUGCCUCACUCAGCCUGUUCUCGGCUCUGGCUCUUUUCCUGUCUCUGUCUUGUUUCCGUUGACUUGGAAAAUCUUUUCUGUCAUUGUAGUCUAAUGAGAUCAUGUUUCUGUGGAAAGCUCUUUUCUAUAGAGCUCUGAAAAAAAAAAAAACUACACCCACUUACAACUGUGUGAAUGCUAAAGGGAAAUAAUCUCCAAACAAGAAAAGAUAUAAGUUAAAUGGGGGAAAAAAAAAAAACAUAUGUACAACCUCUUUAUAGGAUUCAUGCCUGUUUAACUUUGUUAUAUUUUAUUACAUUAAAGCUACAACCUUAUGGUAUACUUUACUAGGCUUUUAGGUUUUAAAACUGUGUUUUUUCACAAUAAUCCACUGCCUUUUGUUUAGUCAUCAAAUAAUAUCUCUAAAUUUCUGGCUGUAAUCAGAAAACAAUAUGACAAAGUUAUCAAUGCUUUAACUUUGUCAUAUUAUGAAACAAUAAAAUUAAGAUGGAACAUUUCAAAUUGUAUUGUAUUGUAUUGUAUUGUAUUGUAUUGUAUUGUAUUCAAUUCAGAAAGCCUGAACAUGUGACUGUUUUAAGUUUACCUAUAUUUAUGCUAACUUCAUAUUACAAUAAUGGAAA